GCGUGUGUCCCGACUCCGGUUGUGAUGGCCCGGGCGAAAGGAGUCCCGGCCAACCUGGAAGCCGGGAAUGGCCGAACACUCUAGGCUAGAUCUUUAUCUCGAUCGUAAAAGACAGUGUUUCCUGAGCAGCUGGAGGUUGGGGGGGCGUAUUCCUGGCUGCUUCUGCGUUUAAAUGGGUGUGGUGCUAAGUAUAUCUUGUUUAUCUUUCUGUGGAAAAAGUUUUGAAGUCUGGUGGAGUUUGUAACAUCAUGCCUGUUGCCUAGCGCUAUCAUGUGUAUUCCUACCUAGCAACAGACAAGUGGGUGAUCGGUGGAGUUUGUUGGUUGCUUUUACAGAGGCUAAGCGAAAGGGUCCAUGUGAUUUCUUUUCUUUCUGACAGGGUCUUGCUUGCUAUGCAGACCUUGAACUCCGGCCAGUCAUCCUGCCUCAGCUUCCAAGGGCUGGGAUUACAGGGGACUUGUCCUAACGGGAGAAGCAUAUAGCACCUGUCAAGUUAAAUGUCACUCCCCGCCUCCACUUGGAUCUUCUGCUUGAGACCUGCAUGUGACUUUUCACCUGCGAUCUACCCUUCUGCGAUCUACCAACUUUGAUUACAGGAAAGUGUCUGAAGAUUCAUAUCAAAUGACGUCAAUGGCCAGCUUGUUUUCUUUCACUAGUCCAGCCGUGAAGCGAUUGUUGGGCUGGAAACAAGGUGACGAGGAAGAGAAAUGGGCAGAAAAGGCAGUGGAUGCUUUAGUGAAAAAGCUAAAGAAGAAGAAGGGUGCCAUGGAGGAGUUGGAGAAAGCCUUGAGCAGCCCAGGACAGCCAAGCAAGUGCGUCACAAUCCCCAGGUCCUUGGACGGACGUCUGCAGGUCUCCCACAGGAAAGGCUUGCCCCAUGUUAUAUAUUGCCGUGUUUGGCGCUGGCCAGAUUUGCAGAGCCAUCAUGAGCUAAAACCAUUGGAUAUUUGUGAAUUUCCUUUUGGAUCUAAGCAAAAGGAAGUUUGUAUCAAUCCAUACCACUAUAAAAGAGUGGAGAGUCCAGUCUUACCUCCAGUGUUAGUGCCUCGUCACAAUGAAUUCAAUCCACAACACAGCCUUCUGGUUCAGUUCAGGAACCUGAGCCACAAUGAACCGCACAUGCCACAGAACGCCACGUUUCCCGAUUCUUUCCAGCAGCCCAACAGCACUCCUUUCCCCUUGUCUCCUAACAGCCCGUACCCUCCGUCCCCUGCAGGCAGUACAUACCCCAGCUCCCCAGCCAGCUCUGGGCCUGCAAGCCCAUUUCAGCUCCCAGCUGAUACACCUCCCCCUGCCUAUAUGCCACCUGAGGAUCAGAUGGCUCAAGAUACUUCCCAGCCUAUGGAUACAAGCAAUAACAUGAUUCCUCAGAUCAUGCCCAGCAUAUCCAGCAGAGAUGUUCAGCCUGUUGCCUAUGAAGAGCCCAAACACUGGUGUUCAAUUGUCUACUAUGAAUUAAACAAUCGUGUUGGCGAAGCUUUUCAUGCAUCUUCUACUAGUGUCUUAGUAGAUGGAUUUACAGAUCCUUCAAAUAACAAAAGUAGAUUCUGCUUGGGAUUGUUGUCAAAUGUUAAUCGUAAUUCAACUAUUGAAAACACUAGGCGACAUAUUGGAAAAGGUGUUCAUCUAUACUACGUUGGUGGGGAGGUGUAUGCCGAGUGUCUUAGUGACAGCAGCAUCUUUGUUCAGAGUAGGAACUGCAACUUUCACCAUGGCUUCCAUCCCACCACUGUCUGUAAGAUUCCCAGCAGCUGCAGUCUCAAAAUUUUUAACAAUCAGGAGUUUGCUCAGCUUCUGUCUCAGUCAGUCAACCAUGGGUUUGAGGCCGUGUAUGAGCUUACCAAGAUGUGUACCAUUCGGAUGAGCUUUGUCAAGGGCUGGGGAGCAGAGUACCACCGACAGGACGUCACCAGUACUCCAUGCUGGAUCGAGAUCCACCUCCAUGGGCCUCUGCAGUGGCUGGAUAAAGUCCUGACUCAGAUGGGCUCCCCACUGAACCCCAUUUCUUCUGUUUCAUAGUGCAGAAGUAUUCUUUUCAACUAUGUUUUUAGUGGACUUGUUUUAAUUUUAGAGGAAUUUCCAGUACAGAUACUGUGAGCUGACAUGGAAAAACAGAUAUUAUGGCUUAUUUUUUCUACGUAAUUGUGACCAACACAUUUAUAUUUUAUGAUGAUAUUACAUUUGUUUGUAUUCGUGUUCAUUGUGAUUAACUAACUUUCAAAAGUAUUGUAAACAAUGUAUUUUGCCCCUGUUGAGAAAUUUAAACUGGAACGCGCUUUUGCUUAUUGUCCCAGAAGUUUUUUAAUUUGUUAAUUUUUUUACAAAGUAGUGUAUCACAUAAUGAAAUUUUAUCCUUUAAGAGAGCAUAUAUUGUGGAAAGCAGUAGACGAUAUUCCUCUGGUAAUUUCUUUGCCUUACCACCUUUGAAAAAGCAUACAUUGUUUGCAGAAACUUAAAGUAGGGGCUUAAAGGAAACUAUUGAGUCUUAUUUGAAGGACACUGCAGUCCUAACGUGGUGUUCAGUGAAAGCAAGGUGGUAGAUUCUGGAUGUCAUACAUUUGCAUUUAAUAUAGCUAAUGUUCGUCAGUGUAUGUGACUUCAUGCCAUAUAUCUUUUGUAAAACAUUUCCUUUUUAAAAAUCUCAAGUAUUUGUUAUUUACUCAAAUUUGUCAUAAGGUCUACUUAACUAGUUACUGUGUGUUCUUGUUCAGCGUUGUUUGCUGCUUUGGGCCAAUGUUUCAAGAACUCUAAUUUUACUGUGCAUUAAUCUUUUCAUUUUGCACUUUUAUGGGUGACUGUCUUAGUGUAGCCUCUGGUAAAAUGCUGUCGGGUGACCUGGGUUUAGAUCUCCUUGCUUCCGUGGCACUCCUUUGUACAACACUACCAUUUAGAGAUGACAGCUGUACGCUCUGCUGCUUUUCCUAGCCUUUUAUUUCAGUUAGUUUGUAAUGUUGUUAUUCUGUAGCUACAGCUAAGGUGCCUGCUAAUUCCCUACAAUGUUAUGAGUGUUAUUGAUAUUGAAAGAUUAUACAUGAAUAGCUUUGCUCGUUACCAGACUUGUCUUACAAGGACCUAUGCAGUACAGCCAUCAAAGGCUCUUUGAUUGGCCUAAGAGUGAGGCAGUUGGUGUAAGUGAGUCACAGUGGGGGUUGGGACAGUUCAUGUCAUAUGUCAUAUUGCAAAGAGUGUAGGCUUGUCUCUGCAUCAGCGCUCUGCCUCUCUCUUUUUAUCCUUUAGAGCCCACAUGGAUGCUAAUCUCCAGAGCACUGUCAGAUGUGAGCACUCUGAAGCCACCAUGUAGUUCACUCUGCCUUGGCCUAGGACUUGUAACCACUUCCUAGGGAGCAGUUACAGCCUGAGAAUAAAGACACUACUUUGAUAAAGAAAAAGGCUUAAUUUGCCUAUCAGUGAGAAAUUUUAUUUUUUGGUGCCUUUUGAAAAUAUACAGAGCCACUUUGUUCUUCUGAUGAAAAUGUUAUUUUAGUUUGACUUUUUAGAGUGCCCUUCCUGCCUUUAUGAGGAAAACAUCUUUUUUUGGGGGGUGGGGGUGAUUCCUUUUGUUUUCUGUGUCAUUAUUUAUUGCCUUUCAGAGUGCAGCCAUUGGGUAGCUUUGCUCCUUCAGAGGGGAUGCCUUGCUGGCCUUCAGGAUCUUGAGCUGUAACCAUAAGUAUUCCAUAGUAUGAGUGUGUCAGCCCCAUGAGAGAGACAUGUCAAUAGUGGAGUGCAGAAGCCGCUCCUUGCUCCUUUACCUAGCAGGCUCAUGACGGUCUUUCAGAACAGGUUUAUAGGAAUGUGUCUUGAGUUGAAUGACAGGUAGUGUAUGUCUGAGCUCUGCUGAAGUCUGGAAACAAAGGCUUUGCUUGUUCUUUUUUUCAGCAGUGGGUUACAUGCUGUUUCUCCACAGUCAUCAUGUCACAGACCUCAGGCUUGCAGAGUCCUGUGUGAUUUGCCGUCUGUACAGUGGCAGGACUGAAGCUCUUAGCUGCUCUGAGUUUCAUGGAGAAAUCCAUGUAGACUGCCGUUUACCUGUUCCUGUGCCGUGUAAGCAUAUACAUCGGUCUGUGGGUAGGUGGUGCUUGUGAGAUGAAGACAGCAAGUAUGGACUGAACCACAGAGAGCAAAGAACAGGGAGUAGGGCCUCUGAAGAAGCUGCCAGACCAGACCAGUGCUCGUCAAGUCUGUCUGAGAUGGCUCUCAUGGAGCCCAGGCUGACCCUGAGCAUGCUAUUACUGAGGGUGGCCUGUAGUUCCCCACCCUCCAUCUCUACCUCCGAAGUGCUAGGAUGACAGACAUCCCCCAUCAUCCCCAGCUUCUGUGCUGCAGAGGAUCAGCCUCGCACUUCAGGCAUGCUAGACAGGUACUCUGCCAAGUCAACGAUGUCCUUUGUUCAGCAGUCACAUCGUUAGCAUACAGAGUACAUUUAUAUCUGCCAGGGGAAAAGAUAAUUGCAAAUAAGAAAGACUGCCAUCGGUUUGAGAAGUUGUACAGAUGGAAGAAUCAAGAUCUCAGUGAUGAAUUACAGCACCAAGAUGCUGGCUAGAAAGAGCAGGGCCACAAGGUGUGUUCGACUGUGUACCUUCAGGGUAGCAGGAUGGCUUCGCUGAUGUCACCACACAGAACGUAAGGGCUGUAGGUAGGCCUGCUGUGGGCCUUCCAGAAUUAGAGAAAAUUGGAGGAGGAAAUCAGUUUUAAAAUAGCAAAAGCUGGGAAAUGGUGGUAUAUCCCUUUGAUUCCAGCACUCCGAAGGCAGAGGCAGGCAGGUCUCUGAGGCUAGCCUGGACUACAGAGCAACUUCUACACAGAGAAGCUGUCUUGGAAGAAUAAAAAAAGAAAAGAGAAAAGUAAAAUAGCGAGCAAAUAGAACAGGACAUGAAUCCUCCUCCCCUUUUUCUCUGUUUCAUGGUUGCUAGUUUAAGAAGAAAAGUAGUUGCAGACGUGGCUGAGUUGCUAAGGUGAAACCAGUUGUAGUAAGGUUGCUAAAUAUAACACUUCAACAGACUACACUAAUAAUGCAGAGAGGAAAUGCGCCAUUUUUAUAACAUUUGCAAGUUAACCCUUCGGGGAUGUGAGUGACAGUAACAUUGCAAUAUGAAAUUAACUGUAAAAGUAAAACCUGGGGGUUACCUCACAGUCUCCCUAUUGUCUGAGAGGACUGUGGGAAACACAUCCACCCCCUACCACUGUACAUCCACUGAGAGGAGAGAGAGGAUGAAGAAAUGAAGUCUUACUGGUCCAGGACAUGCCUGUCAGUGAUGUUUAUACUUCUGCUAUAGGGAGCACUGCGUGCCUCAGAAUCCUCACACCUUGUCUGGUCACUUCCCUGACAACACUUGGGUCCCUGUCACGCACUGGUCUCUUAAAGUCCUGACUCUGCUUCCUGAAGACUCUCUUUUUAAAAAUUCUUUGUUAUUUUGUUGUUUUGCGACAUAGUCUCUCUGUACAGUCCUGACUGGCCUGGAAAUUAUUAUGUAGGCUAGCCUCAAACUUGAAGUAAUUCUCUUACCUCUGAAGUUCUGGAACUGCGGGCAUGCACUGCUCCAUACAGUGACCUCUGAUGAUUUUUAAAAUUCAGCCCCUGGUGAUGGUUUGGUUUUAGAUCUGUUAGCUUCGUCUGAACCCCUUUGUCUGGCCGAGUAACUCCUCUGCUCUCUGGGGCCUCGGAAGAAAUGUGUGUUUUCAGUAUACACACUACUAAAUAUCGGUUGUUUCUAGGCGGCCUCACAUACUCGCUAGAGCAUCGUUUUUGAAAAUAAUCUCCAGCUACAGCAGUAGGGUUUUCCCUUUUGAGAGAUACCAGUUCUUAGUUUUUCUUGUUAAAAUAAUGCUUGUAUGAGAAGUGAAAAUUAAGGCACUGGUUCUACACUAACAGAGAAUUCUAUGGUCUCGGGUGGAUGCCAGUGUGCUGAUAAGAAACGUAACAGUAUUUAAUAGUGUCAUCAGGCCUUGCUCAUCUCCCUGUCUAGGGCUGUGGGUCAGUGCUAGAGUACUUAACAGACAUAAAGCCCAAGUGUUCAAUGCCCAGCACUGCACAAAACUCAGGCUGUACCUGGACUGAAAUUGAAGUGACCACCUGCAACUGGAUGGUAUGCCAGAACCACAGAAAGGAGAGUCCCAGUGAUGUGUUUAAAAAGCAGAAUGCAUGUUAAAGCAUUGAACUGGUGACAGUUGCUGUCCAGUAAUGACCUCUACCCAGCAGAGAGAGUCCUAGAGCAGCCCCUCAGAAGAGAGAUGGACCGGUGUACCCCUGUGCAGGCAACUUAGUUUGUAAAUUGGCAUAGUUAUCCUUUAAGGAUUUGUUUGGAGGCGCUCUUUUUCAAAAGAUGAGAAUGUUGUGUGCAGUUGGACACAUGCUUGCCCUUCCCCCACCCUACCAUAGUCACGCCUUUCUUGCUGUGAUCUGGUGUCAGCUACAACACUCCAGUUAGGUCUGCGGGCCUGAGCUCUUUUGAGAGAAGGUCUUGUAGAGCACCGUGCAGUACAGUGCCGUGCUCUUGUGCUACUGUUGGUGCUGCUGCCGCCUCGACAUUCUCUGAGAGGUGCUAAGGCUUGGGAGCCUUGGGCAGGAUGGUUGGGGCAGUGUGCUCUUUACCGUGGCUGGCUAAAGUUGCAGUUUAACUGUACUUACUUAAUUCAGGUAAGAAUGUAAUUACAGAGAGCGAGGGCUUGUGUUCACCUGCCUGCCUUCUCCCAGGAAGACACUUCGCAUGUGGAUGAUGCAGAGCAAACGGAUGGCUGCACUGUAGGUCUGCUUCUGUUCACGUCGUAGGAAACUAACCUAGCAGCGUGCUUCAGCCUGCUACCUUUUGAUACUUAUAAAAAUGUAUUAGGUUUUACUAUAUUGUGCUCUCAAAGCCAUAACUCUUAAGAAAUUUGUUUUUGCAUAUUGUUUGCUAAUACUUUGUUUUAAUAAACGUCAAAAUCUGC